GCGCCCAAGCAGCGGGUUGGCCAGGCCCGAGUGGGCCCAAGGCGGACGUGAGCAGAGUCGGACCAAGAUGGCGGUGCAGGUGGUGCAGGCUGUGCAUGCGGUUCAUCUCGAGUCGGAUGCUUUCUUAGUUUGUCUCAACCAUGCUCUGAGCACAGAGAAGGAGGAGGUGAUGGGGCUGUGUAUAGGGGAGUUGAAUGAUGACACAAGGAGUGACUCUAAAUUUACAUAUACUGGAACUGAAAUGCGCACAGUUGCUGAAAAGGUUGACACCGUCAGAAUUAUUCACAUUCAUUCUGUCAUCAUCUUGCGACGUUCCGAUAAGAGGAAGGAUCGAGUGGAAAUUUCUCCAGAGCAGCUGUCUGCAGCCUCAACAGAGGCGGAGAGGUUGGCUGAACUAACAGGUCGCCCCAUGAGAGUUGUGGGCUGGUAUCAUUCCCAUCCUCAUAUAACGGUUUGGCCUUCACAUGUUGAUGUUCGUACACAAGCCAUGUACCAGAUGAUGGAUCAAGGCUUUGUAGGACUUAUUUUUUCCUGUUUCAUAGAAGAUAAAAACACAAAGACUGGUCGGGUACUCUACACUUGCUUUCAAUCCAUACAGGCCCAAAAGAGCUCAGAGUAUGAGAGAAUUGAAAUCCCAAUCCAUAUUGUACCUCAUGUAACCAUUGGAAAAGUGUGCCUUGAAUCAGCAGUUGAGCUGCCCAAGAUUCUUUGCCAGGAGGAGCAGGAUGCAUAUAGGAGGAUCCACAGCCUCACACAUCUGGACUCAGUAACCAAGAUCCAUAAUGGCUCAGUGUUUACCAAGAAUCUGUGCAGUCAGAUGUCGGCAGUCAGUGGGCCUCUCCUACAGUGGUUGGAGGACAGACUGGAGCAAAACCAACAGCAUUUGCAGGAGCUGCAACAGGAAAAGGAAGAGCUUAUGCAAGAACUUUCUUCUCUAGAAUAAAGCAGGAGACAACAUGGGGAAAGACGAAAAUAUCCAGGUAUAAAAUUAAUUAAGCUAAAUCAAUUUUGAAGAAGAAAAUUUUGGAGGAUUCAUAUUACCUGACUUCAAGACUUACAAUAAAGCUACAUAAUCAAGACGGUAUGGUAUAUGCCCAACUGAUUUUGACAAAGUUGCAAAAGCAAUUCAAUGGAGGAAGGAUAGUCUUUUCAACAAAUGAUGCUGGAACAAUUGGACACCCAUAGGCAAAAAAAUGAACUUUGACCUAAACUGCAUCCCUUGUACAAAAAUUAACUCAAAACCUAUCAUGGACUUAGAUGUAAGACGUAAAACUAUAAAACUUUUAGAAAAAAAUCAUAGAAAAACCUUCAGAAUCUUGGGCUAGGCAACAAGUUCUUGGCCUUCACACCAAAAGCACAAUCCUAAAAGGAAAAAGUUGACAUAUUGGGCUUCAUCAAAAUAAAAAACUU